UAACGUCGGUUUAAAACUUCAACGUACGGUAGUCACGGCUGUGCAUGAAAUGUUCUACACAAUUGUAUAUUCUGUAUUAAACUACUUAUUUCUAUAUUAAAAACAAUUAUGGCAUGUGCGUUAGAGAAUAGUAUGAAAAAAAUAUUCUUCAAUGUACAGUUUAACAAAACGGACCACUCACGAUAUAUGAAGAAACUUAAUAAACUAUAUGACAAAACUAAAUUAGAUGUAUUCUGGGAAUGUUUCCUCUCGUGCCUGAAAGUACCUCUCACAAUGGCUCAACAGCAUCCACGUAUUAUAAAUACAUUGGAAUUUUGUGCCAAAUUUUCCAUGAGAUUUUAUUCGUGCGCAGAGAACGAAACUACAGAAUCAAUGUCUCCAUUUCUCAACAAAUUGUUUACAUUCCUUUUGUCAAGUCAUAAUGCUAAAGACAAGGCAGUAAGAUAUCGCAUAUGUCAUUUUUUAAAUAUGCUCUUAAACUCGAUGGGUGAUAAUGCUUUCAUGGACGACAGCUUGUGUGAUCAAAUUACAGUCAGCAUGAUGGAUCGACUACUGGACAAAUCUCCUAAAGUUAGAGCACAAGCUGUUUUUGCCUUGCAUAGACUACAAGAUCCAUCUGAUGAUGAGUGUCCUAUAAUAAGGAUGUAUCUGUUUCAUCUAUCUAAAGAUCCAAAGGCUGAAGUUCGUAGAGCGGUUCUUGCGACUAUAGGCAAGAAUCAGAGAACCUUGCAAGCUGCAUUGAAAAGAACACGUGAUAUUGAUGAUUCUGUGCGCAAGAUGGCAUAUGAAUUUAUCAGCAAAAUUACAGUGCGUUCCUUAACAAUUGAACAAAGAGAACGCUUGCUAAAAGAUGGUCUCAAAGACAGAUCGGAAAGUGUCAAAGCAUGUGUAUGCAAGGUUUUAUUACCAAUGUGGUUACGAUACUAUAAAGGAGAAUAUAUAAAUCUUAUACAUGCACUGGAUGCUGGAAUAGGAACAGAAACUGCAGCUCUAGCUUUACAAACAUUAUUUACAAACGCUGAUUCGAAAACCUUGUUAGAGCAAGUACCAGUAGAUAAAAAUACAAGAUUAAUUCCUCUGACCACUUUGUCGAACGAAAAUGUCUUAUAUUGGAAGUGUGUGAUAGAUCAUUUCUAUCAAUCGUCGUAUAUGGAAGAAUUAGAUUUAAUCAUCCCAGAAUUAUCCGGUUUUUGUAACUACAUACGCGAAUUUAUCAUUUUUAUAUCGUCAAAGCAAUACGAAGAAUGGGAAAAGCAGUGUCAUAAAUUUAUCCUUCUACAACUCUUCAAGAUAGCUGAAAAGUAUGAUCUUUCGGACGAAGUAGGAAGGAAGAAUCUACAGGAAGUGAUAACGGACACUCUUAUGAGCGAUCAUUGCUCCAAUGAGAUAAUUGAAUGUACAGUGUGUUACCUGGGUAAGGUAGUGCCGAAUAUCAGUAGUAUGUUGGAUUUAGUAGCUAACAUUAUUAGCGAGAUCAGACUACCUUUGAAGGCAAGUGUGCCCACUCAACAGGUUUUCGAAGACCAACAGAAUAAUGAGGUGCAGAAAGCGCAAUUGAAGGUCGACUUGUUAGAGCUCGAGGAGGAAUUGUAUGAAACAGUUAAGAAGGAGGACUAUUUGAAAGCAGACAUCAUAAAAGAACAGAUUAAAAUCGUGAAAGAGAAGAUAAGCCAACUGUCUAAGGUCCCUGAGGCAAUAAUAACCGACGAUAUUCGCGACGAGAAGAACGAUGCAGUAACGAUGACGAAGUGCCUCGGCAUUUUGUGCGCCGCGAUGCAAGUUCAGUCCAUUCGCGCAUUGACACCUACACUCAGGACUAUGAUGUCCAUCGUGUUGGACAGCCUUGAUCAUCCCGACGAUAAUGUACAUGUGUUAGCACUAAAGGCGUUAGGUCUGUACUGCAUUUUAGACAAAGAAAUGGCGAAGAAACAUAUCAUGAUAUUCUUCUAUCAGUUCUCCGCAGAGCAAGAGAAUCCAGACAUAUGGAUAAUUGCUUUGAAGGGGAUAUUCGAUCUCUUGCUCCUUUACGGUUUGGAGUAUUUCCAAAUCUUGCAGGACUCUGAGGAUAAAGUUCAGAAGACCCGCACGCUGUAUACACACGAGGACAGUAUCGUCUCUUUGAACAACGAACGAAGUGAAACAGAGGAGAGCAGUUGCAAUUUCGUCAAGAUAUUAACAGGAUUGCUAGACAACGUGAAUCAAGAACUACGCACCAUCGCCGCGGAAGGUCUCUGCAAACUACUGCUCAAUCGACGGAUCAAUAGCAGUAACUUGGUAUCGCGCUUGAUAAUUUUAUGUUAUAAUCCAGCUAAUGCCGAUGACAUUUAUCUACGGCAGUGUCUAUGCGCUUUUUUCGAUCACUUUGUGGUGCGUGUGCCCGAUGCGCUGGAGAUGCUCGAGAAUGCGUACUUCCCGACUUUGCGAGUUCUUUGUAACGCGCCCGAGAUCAGUCCUCUGCAAGAGGUCGAUGUAUAUCACGUGUCCAGAUUUAUACUGAGUUUAAUCAGACGAAGCUGCCAGAAGUCCGGCGAACAAACGUUCUACACGCAGAAUAAUCUGGCGUUCGAUAUAUUAGCUGAAAUCUUGAAUCCUGCCAGCAAUAUAGAUCAGGAGACUCUCAUCAAAUCUUUGACGAUUUUGCAUAUAAAAAUCGAGGACGAUCCGUCGAAGGAGAAUCUGCUGGAAGCCAUCGAAAAAGUUACAGAUACGAUAAAAGAUUCUGACAAACGAUUACUCAAGUACAUUCGAGAGUUCAAGAAAAGUUUGGAAACCCCAUCUGAAGCAAUGGAGGUCGAUACAAGUGCCCAGAGUGAACACGAGAAUUAAUCAUAAUAUCGAUAAACGUUCAUUAUAUUUUAAUAGUAACUAAAGAAUAAAAAAAACGAAAUGCCAAACUCAUCGGUAAAUAUGUAAUGGGAAUAAUUAAUGAUAUAUAAAAAUGUGAAUUUUGUUAUUUA